AGUCUUACCACUAUCUGUCAUUACAGACACUCGAUUUUAAACAAUAACAAUAGAUAUGUUUAACACGUUUAACAGCUCUACCCAAAAGAUAUUAUAUACAUAAAUACAUUAUCUCUAAUAAAAUGGAAUGUCAGGACCUCAAACUCGACACGGAUAAAGAACUCAUUGAUAAGGAUCUUGAAAAAGAGGAGCAAACGUGCAACUUAGUCCCAUCCUGGAGUCCUAGAAAUCCCCUGGAAAACAACAUCGAUUGCCGCGAAAAGUCAAUUGUGGAAAACAUAAAUGCAGACCAGGAUGCCAUUGCCAAAAUCCAAUAUCUUAGUUCGGAACAUGGCAUGCUGGAUAAGUAUCUAGAUAAUCAGGAGCAGGAUGAAUCACUUCGCAAAUAUCUUGUCGUUGGAGUUCAUUGGGUUUCUCUGCUCACGGAACAUGUGUUGAGCCAUCCGUUUCUAGUAUUGCGUUGGCAGUGUCAGGUUUAUAAUGCCUCCAAGUGUUACCACUUGCAUCCUUUUACCCUGCUGCCCUGUAUUGUCCACUUGCACAGACGCCAAGGACUAACGACCCUAUGGAAGGGAAUGGGCAGCUGCUUGCUUGUUCGUGGAAUGUCCUGCGCCAUUGACGAUGUAAUAUCGAAACUCAGCAGUUGGCCCAAGGAAUUGGAUAGUCGAACGACCUUAAAGCGAUUUGGCCAGCAUGUCCUUCUGAAAUGUGUAAGCAUCGCUUUGGUUUUGCCCUUCCACACCGUUUCCUUGGUGAAGACAGUGCAAAGCGGCAUUGCCAGCGACAAAACAGGUCUUCUUGAUGUCCUUCGGGAAGGUGGAGCUCGUAUUUUCUUAUGGAGGUCCCCGCAAAAUACUCGAAUGCUACCAAUGUGGGCAUUAAUCGGUCCGAGUAUUUCGAUUGGCAUUACAAAGUAUCUCUUCAACAUUUUAAUACAUGGCGUAUCCACUCGAAUGAUGCAAAGGAGAAUGCUGGAAAAUCGGUAUGAAAAUAACUCCGACAAUAAGCUGGAACACCAAAAUGCGGAAACCUAUGCCGGACUUAUAGCCAUGCUUACCACUGAGGUCGUAUUCUUCCCACUCGAAACCAUACUGCAUCGUCUAGAAUUGCAGGGUACCCGAACCAUAAUCGAUAAUCUUGAUACUGGUUAUUCAGUUGUCCCGGUUUUGACAGACUAUCGUGGAUUAUUCGAUUGCUACAGGGUAACAGUUAUUUCAGAGGGAGCUGCUGGACUGUACAAAGGCUUCGGAGCAAUGAUCCUUCAAUUUGUCGCACAGAUUGCUAUAAUAAAACUGGCCAAGUGGACAGCGGAUCAAAUUGCUGCUGGUGUAUUGAAUCGUCCAACAUCCCGCAUAGUACAGACCUACAAUUUCGAUUCCCUCUCCUGCAACAAGAGCUCUAUGACAAAAUCCCCAAGCAUUUCCAGCAUCGAUGUGGAGCUGACUAGCCUAGGGAAGUAUUCACUAGAUGAAUAAAACCUAAUUGUAUAUCUUAAAAUUUGUUAUACUCACUUAUAUUGUUUUAUAGAGAACUAAUCGAUGAAACUUAGGAAACAACUUUGAAAUGAUUGCUAAUUAAAUUUACGAUUUGUAAAGUGGUUGGUAUUUACCAUUUAAACAAAGCCGACAACUAAACAAGAUUAUGUAGUCAUUGUCUAUUAAAUCUAACAUUGGUUCAUUAACUACCCUGCGAGUGUUUCCCUGCCAAUCUAAGCUCACGCCAGCUGGUCCACACGUCGUAUGCGAAUGUCAAUAUUGGCAAAAUACUUUGCAGGUGUAUUGAGGACUCACCUCUGUUAAUUUAUGUGCAGCCACUGCACUAUUGACUCUUAGAGGCUUUUAGCUACUAUUUAUCUAUGUAUAUGUCCUGGUCAAUUGAUUUUCACAAAUUCUCCGAUUGUUUGUUUUUUGGCCCACAUUCAGAAGGGCAGUGGAACUUACCACGAUAAUUUAAAAUUACAAUUUCCAAUGAUGUGCUGCAGAUACUCGAAAUCGCUAGGAUUGCGUUUUUAUGUGUUGUUUGUGUGCACGUAAUGCACAUAAAGUUGCUGCUUCGUGCCCCCAGAAGCCGUAAAGCCAAUUCGCAGGACACCACACGGCGUAUACUUAAUACACACGUAUGCAACGCGUGACUGCUGCCAGGAUCCAAGGAUGUGAGUCGAAGGAUGCAAAAGAAAUCAACUUAAAAUGUGCAAAUUGUUUAUACUGCGACCCCUCUGCGGCCAAAAAACACACAACAUAUAUGUACGUUGGCCGGAAUGGGUUAA